AUGCCUUCGGCCGUUCACUCUCUGCUCGUCUGCUUGGUGCUCAUUGUUUCGCCCUAUCUUGGCUGCUCCUACCAUACCAGCUACACCCAGGGCGGAAGGCACUACGUUCUCCGUUCCAACAGAGACCCACGGCAACCGAAGCAGACGCCGAGCUGCUCCUCCGCACAUUCUGGGCCGAGCAGCAGCCAAGCAGCGCCCGUGGUGCACCGGUUGAGUCCAUGCUCCCCUCUCGGCGCCGCACGGAACCAGCAGCUGGAAAAGCCAUCCGUGGCUGACGUCCUCCACCGCGACGCACUCCGCCUCCGCUCCAUGUUCCAGGAGCACAACCAUGGGUCCCCUUCCCCUGCACCCGCACCGACGUCAGCUGGAGGAGGGCUCUCGAUCCCCAGCAGAGGCGAUCCAAUCCAGGAGCUGCCCGGUGCGUUCGAGUACCACGUCAUCGCUGGCUUUGGCACUCCGGUGCAGCAGUUCACCGUUGGAUUCGACACGACCACCACCGGUGCCACGCAGCUGCAGUGCAAGCCGUGUGGCGCCGACGAACCGUGCCACCACGCCUUUGACCCGUCCGCGUCGUCCUCCAUCGCUCAAGUCCCUUGUGGCUCGCCGGACUGCCCGUUCAAAGGCUGCUCCGGACCCAGCUGCACUCUCAGCGUCUCCACCAACAACACUUUGCUGGGCAACGCGACGUUCUUCACCGACACGCUGACGCUGACGCCGUGGAACACCGUGGACAACUUCAGGUUCGUGUGUCUCGAGGUCGGCUUCGGGCCGGGCGAUAGCUCAACUGGUAUCCUCGACCUCAGCCGGAACAGCCACUCGCUAGCGUCUCGCGCCGCGCCUUCCUCUCCGGACGCGGUCGCCUUCUCCUACUGCCUGCCGUCGUACCCGAGCGACGUAGGCUUCCUCUCCCUCGGCGCCACCAAGCCGGAACUCUUGGGACGCAAGGUGAGCUACACGCCGCUGAGGAGCAACCACCGCAACGGGAAUCUGUACGUCGUGGAGCUCGUCGGGCUGGGCCUCGGCGGCGUGGACCUCCCGAUCCCGCGCGCCACCAUCGCCCGCGGAGGCACGAUCCUGGAGCUGCACACGACGUUCACCUACCUCAAGCCCCAGGUGUACGCGGUCCUCCGCGACCACUUCCGCAAGUCCAUGUCGAUGUACCCUGUGGCGCCGCCGCUCGGAAGCCUGGACACGUGCUACAACCUCACCGCGUUGAACUCUUUCUCGGUGCCGGCCGUGACGCUCAAGUUCGACGGCGGGGCCGAGGUUGACCUCUGGAUGGACCAAAUGAUGUACUUCCCCGAACCCGCGAGCCCCUUCUCCAUCGGGUGCCUCGCGUUCGUUGCGCAGGAUGGCGGCGCUGUGAUUGGGAGCAUGGCGCAGAUGUCGACGGAGGUGGUGUACGACGUGCGCGGAGGGAAGGUUGGGUUCGUCCCGUACCGCUGCUGA